AUGGAAGAACCGUUCUCCGUCGAUCUCAAUGCCGCCGCCGCAGUUCAGACGGAUUCCAGCGAAAAGCUAGAAGAGGGUGUCGCUUUGGAGUAUCUUCUUUUGAUGCUGAUUCGACAUGGUUCCUCAAACAACUUGAUAUCAGUAUGCAGCGUGAGUAUUCAGUUCCUAAGUCACGUGAACUUGGACAGAGUUGGCACUGCCGUCACGCAAGGCAUUCAGUCUAGUAUUCAGCUCAGUGCAAACGAACGCUUUCCUGAAGUCGAUGAAUGUGCAGCAGAGGGAGAUUUGCUACACCUUGCACUUCUUAACCACGCAAAUGUGGCUUAUGACGGAGAACCCCGUUUGGAAAACGGCUUGUUCUUUCCAUCAAGACCUGCGAGCAGUUCCAGGUCUUUUCAGGAACGGUUGAGGAUAAUUUGUGAAAAGACUGGCAGACCUGUGAAGAGAGUGACGGUUUGA